UGCCUGUCAACAGACCAUGGCGGACGACGCUACUGUGCCGGUGAUGAAGUGUGUUGUUUGUGGGUCGUUUUCCUCCCUUAAACGGUGUUCGAGAUGUAAGCAUGUCGUCUACUGCAGUAGAGAGCACCAACUCCAGGACUGGCCAAAGCACAAAAUAUCGUGUCACGUAACGAAGUCACAGACAGGCGGGAGCCGAGACGAAGCAAGCAGUCACACGAACUCGGUUUGUCAACAACCGCAGGGAGGCGGCGGUGGGGUAUCUGCAGCCACGAAGACGGUACAUGACGGUCGAGUUGAAAUAAAAGAAAAUGAAACCACAGGUGGAGCCGUUAAGGACGAGACUGACAGUUUUGAUCAACCUAAAGCCCACAUAAACUUUAAAAACGGCACGGAAACAAAUAUAGAGUUGAAAACAAAUGACUGUAAGCAACCUAUGAACAGCGCUGAUGAGAACGAAAAUUCAUCGGAGUAUACACCAUUCGACAAACGUCCAUUUAUUGAACGACACUUUGACAAACCAAAGUCAAAGAAGAAAAAAGAUAUUGCCAAGUUUGUGGUAGACAAACUAGACAAGAACAACUUCUGUGUUAUCGAUUACCUGUUUGAAGACGAUCACGUUGAUCGAAUGUUAGCGGAAAUAAAAAGUUUGGAUGCCAGGUCACAGUUAAAGACAGGUAAAUUAGCCGGGGGUAGAACUAGUGAUGAUAAUAACCAAAAAGUAUUAAAGUCAGAAAUUCGGAGUGACCGGAUGGCAUGGGUUGACCGGAACCAGGAAGAUAUCCCCAACAUUGGCAGGGCGGUAGAGCGCCUCGACUCUAUUCUGACUGACCUCAACCCCCUCCUCGAGGGGAAAGACUGCUUCAUCAAUAGUCGCACCAAGGUUAUGGUGACGUGCUACCCGGGGGAGGGGACAUGUUACAGACGGCACGUGGACAACCCCUCGAGGGACGGACGACGAAUUACAUGCAUCCUGUACCUUAACCGCGACUGGGAUGUCCAGACCGAUGGAGGACUGUUGAGGAUAUUUCCCACCGGAAGUGAAGAUCACGUGGACGUUCCGCCAUUGUUUAAUCGUCUGUUGUUUUUCUGGUCUGAUGGCCGUAAUCCACACGAGGUGCAGCCUGCCUACAGGACAAGGUAUGCCAUGACUGUGUGGUACUUUGACGAGAUGGAGCGCAACAAAGCUAAGGAAGAAAACCGACAUUUAGAAUCAAUGAAAACACGAGGAAGUAUCGCAUUGAUGGAAAAAGAGAGCUGUAACGAAGAAAUGGAAAAAUAUAGCAAAGAAAAGGAACGUAUCCAGCAACAAAUAGAUAGUCGGGCUUCAGAGGCAGUGGGAUCACUUUCCAGGCAGGAACUUCAGGCUUUGGCCGCCCUGACACGUGACCAUCCAAAUCCACGUGAGGUCCUGAGUAAUAUGGGUAUAGCCGACAUUAUCCAGGAUUCCCUUAUAAAGGCCAUGGAGAAGAUGUGAUAGGUCAAGCUAACAUUAUCCAAAAUGUACUAAAUGGCGCUGACAAUAACCAGGGUGUCCUGGUAAGUGCCAUGGACACAGUGUGUCGGCUUUAAACUACUGUAGCCAGGAUGUCCUUAUGAAGUUUCCGUUGUCGAUGUAAUGGGUUUUGUCAACAGUAUUUGUGAUGUCCUAAUAAAUUACCUUGGGAAUUUGAUUGGUUUAGCUAAUGGUAUGCGAUGGGUGCCGCGCAGACAGCAUGAUAGGUGCUCUGGAAAGUGCUAUAGUGCCCUGGAAUGUGCUAUAAUGCCCUGGAAUGUGCUAUAGUGCCCUGGAAUGUGCUAGCUAUAGUGCCCUGGAAUGUGCUAUAGUGCCCUGGACUGUGCUAUAGUGCCCUGGAAAGUGCUAUAGUGCCAUAGGGACAGUUUGAUGGAUGAUGGGUGCCGUGGAAGCAGUAUGACUGGUGCUCUGGACAAGGGCGUUGUGAUGAGUGUAACUGAUAGGAUCAAAAGUGUCGUAAUAAAAGCUCUACGAUCGACCAAUCCCGCCUCCAAUAAAUUAGGGAAUUACUUUAAUGUCUAUCAAAUAAAAGCCCAAUGAUCG